GAAACUUUUCCUUCCUGCUCCCCAAUCCUCUUCAAGCUGCACAACAGAUACGGUUUCACAAAUGAACUCUCUGAUUCUCGUCCACGUCGUCCAACGGGUCAAGGUCAAUGGUUGAGGGGGACGGGUUGCUUUCAUUUCUACAACACUCCUGGCACACCAACCAUAGCGCAAUCGUAAUCACAAUCGCAAUCGACCAUGGACGACUUCACGAUUGGAAUCAUCGGGCUCGGUGACAUGGGCAAGAUGUAUGCUCGGAGGCUCAGUGAUGCUGGAUGGAGGUAGCUCUCCCUUCCAGGCGUUAUUGCUGCCGGGCGACUUGAUUAUGGUAAGCGCCCUCACACCCUCUCUCGCCCGUCGAGACUCCUCUUUACAAUGAUGACUUGAGUGCAUUUGGCUCGAGUAUUGUCUUUCGCUGCUUGAAUAACAUUCUGUUACCAAGUUGGCGGCUGGCUUUCACUGAUGAAAAAUCUCAGCUACCUUAUUUUUAUUUGUCUGAAUAACCAACACAUCUUUUCAACCUUUUCUGCCAGUUACUUGGUGCAGCAUAAGCUAACAUGAUGUUUCUCAGGUCGUCCGCGCACUUUCACUCGGCUGAUUUUUGGUCUGCAGUAUCAAUGCUUGCGAUAGAGAGGAAAAAUACCAAGGUCUUUGUGAGGAGUUUGAGCAUAUAGUAAACACACCUUGUACAUAGCCAUAGCCCUGCACCCAGUGCUGAGUACUUCUAGAAGCAAAUUAAAAUCCUUCCAAACGGACAUCUCGUCUCCCGUGCCAGCGACUACAUAAUCUAUAAUGUUGAAGCCGCAUCAAUUGAUAAAGUUGUCGCCAUGUAUGGGCCGUGUAUGCAUGCCAUACAAUCUCAUCUAGGGAACUCUCACUGAUCCUGGAGCAGCUACCAAGAAAAACGCAAUUGUUGGGGGGCAAACAUCUUGCAAAGCUCCUGAAAUUGCUGCUUUCGAGAAACAUCUGCCAGCUGAUGUAGACAUUGUCUCAUGCCACUCCCUCCAUGGACCAGCUGUUGAUCCUAGUGGCCAGCCACUCGUAGGUGGAUUUCGCAACUAAAAACAGACCAAACACUUACUCCCAAUUUCCAGGUUAUCAUCAAGCACCGGGCAUCGGAAGUGAGUUUUGAGAAAGUCAAGAAGGUCCUCUCUUGCCUGAAUUCGAAGCAAGUCUAUCUCUCUGCCGCCCAACAUGACCGCAUCACAGCCGAUACCCAAGCUGUCACCCACGCCGCCUUCCUCUCCAUGGGAAAAGCCUGGCACGCAAACGCACAAUUUCCUUGGGAAAUUGCCCGAUACGUCGGUGGAAUUGAGAAUGUGAAGAUCAAUCUAACCCUCCGAAUAUACUCUCAAAAGUGGCACGUCUAUGCCGGUCUCGCCAUCCUCAAUCCCUAUGCCAAAGAACAGAUCAGACAAUACGCCCAAAGUGUGACUGAUUUAUACAAGCUAAUGCUUGGCGGACAUCACAAAGAGUUCGAGGAAAGAAUCAAGAAAGCAGGUGCAAGCGUCUUUGGGACCCGGGAAUGGGACGGUCAACUCCUCCUCCAAGACUCCGUCCUCGACCGUUUCUCACUCGGCAAGAAACCCGAAACUCCUCUUCCCAAUAACCAUCUCUCUCUUCUGGCAAUGGUAGACUGUUGGUCCCAACUCAAUAUCGUUCCUUACGAUCACAUGAUCUGCUCCACGCCUCUGUUCCGUCUCUGGUUGGGAGUGACUGAGUAUCUCUUCCGCAAGCCGGGAUUGCUGGAUGAUGUUAUCCGGAUCGCUAUUGACGAUAACACGUUCCGGAGUGACGACUUGGAGUUUACCUUUGCGGCGCGGGGAUGGAGUGAUUGUGUUACUUUUGGCGAUUUCGAGAGCUGGAAGGAUCGGUUUGAGAGUACGCAGAGAUUCUUCGAGCCUAGGUUCGGGGAAGCGACGAAGGUUGGUAAUGAGAUGAUGAAGACUAUUUUGCAGAAUAUUAAGAAGUGAUGGGGUGUUUUGUGGAUUGGACUGGUGUUUUGGUUCAUGCAUAGAGAUAGAUAGUUGAAGAUGAAGACGUAGCUAGCAAUGCUGAAUCCUUCGAUUCAGUACGCAGAUUCCAAUGAUGAGUGGAACUCCCAUAUCUCGU